AUGCCCGCCGCGUUAAAGUCGAUAUCGAAGCAGGCGCUGGCCAUGGCCAACGCGCGCUCACGCACGAGCUUCGACGUCGAGAAGCUUACCAACCUCAUCUGCGGCGGAGCGUCUGUCGUCCGCGCUCGACGCGCGGCUUGGGCGAGGGUUGAGAAGGCGCUUGGGACGGAUGAUACGUCGCGUCUGCCGGGGCACUAUGCCAAGACGAGCCGCGAAGACCUAUACCUCGACGGCCUCCGCAUGGGCCGCGCCGUCUGGGAAGACCGCCGGACGCACAACCACGCCCACUUCGACUGGCUCACGCCGCGCUAUACGCUCUUCAACUACUCCCCCUUCGGCCUCUCGCCGGCCAUGUUCGUCAAGAUGCUGCAGCUGAUGGCGACGCCGGCGCAGCAGGCGCGCUGGCUCGCCCCCGCGCUCGCGGGGCGGAUCAACGGCGCGUACGUGCAGACGGAGCUGGGCCACGGGACGUUUGUGCGCGGGCUCGAGACGGUGGCGGAGUUUGAUCCCGCAACGGACGAGUUUGUGAUCAGGUCGCCCGGGGGCGCGGCGAGUACCAAGUUCUGGCCGGGGAGUCUUGCGUUCUCGGCGUCGCAUGCGAUUGUGAUGGCGCGAUUGGUUACAAGGGGCAAGGAUGAGGGGGUGCAUCCGUUCAUGGUGCAGUUGAGGGACGUGGAGACGGGGCGGCCGGUGGAGGGGGUCGAGUUGGGGGAUAUCGGGGUCAAGAUGAGUCAUAACCAGAAUGAUAACGGGUUUGUGAGGUUUGAGGUAGUGAGGGUGCCGAGGGGGAACAUGUUGAUGGCGCAGGUGGCGGUCGGGCGGGACGGGGUGUAUGAGAGGAGGGAGGGGACGCAUGAGAAGGCUGCGUAUGGGACGAUGAUGGUGACGAGGUCGAAGAUGACGUGGGUUAACGGUGUGCAGCUCGCGGCGGCUACGACGAUUGCGACGAGGUAUUCGACGGUGAGAGUGCAGGGGACCCUGCCGUUUGGGAAGGGGGACGAGGAGGAGGUUCCGUUGAUUAGCUUCCGCAGUCAGCAUUUUCGGCUGUUGACGUUGGUGGCGAAGGCGUAUGGCAUCUUGUUUGCGUCGAAGUAUACCGAGGAGGUUCAUCGGGAGUUUGAGCGGAGGAGCGAGGAGGGUGACUUCUCGACUAUGACGGACGCGCAUGCGCUUAUUUCGGGGAUGAAGGCGUGGUCGUCGGCGAUUGCGUCUGAGGGGACGGAGGAUGCGAGAAGGGCCUGUGGUGGGCAGGGGUAUCUCGUCACGUCGGGUCUGCCGGAGCUGGUGCAGACUUCUGCGAUGAUGUGUACCGGCGAAGGGGAUACCCAUGUGUUGUUCCAGCAGCUGGCGAGGUAUCUGAUGAAGUUUACGGGAUUUGCAGGGAAGGCAGGGGAGCAAGGGUUGCCUGGAGACCUGAGAUAUCUCGCGGCGCCGUAUACCAGACGGUGUACGGAGGCUGACUUCAGGGAUCCGAAAGAUGAGAAGACACAGCUAUUAAUCUUCCAGCACCGGGCUCAAAGGUUGAUUGAUCGGGCAUCGAGGGGAUUGAGAAAGGGAGUGGAGAGGGGUAAGACAAAGGGAGAGGCGUGGAAUGAGUGCGUCAUGGGAUUGAUGAGUGCUGCGAGGGCGCAUACUGAGUAUCUCAUCUUAAGGGAGUUUGUCGGAGCUGUAGAAAAGGUUGAGGACGAAGAGGUGAAGGAUGUAUUGGAGAAGCUGAGAUCGGUGUUUGCGUUGUCGACGAUUGUGAACCCCCAGUCGGCGGAUGCCUUGGCUUUUGUCGAGGAUGGGUUCUUGUCGGAGGAGCAGUUGGAUGAGAUUCGGCAUACGCUUGGAAGGCUGUUGGACGAGCUUCUUCCGGACGCUAUUGGGCUUACAGAUGCAUGGGACUUCACAGACGCUGGGUUGGGAAGCGCGAUCGGAAGAAAGGACGGAGAGGCGUACGAAAUGCUCAUGAGUUGGACAAGACAGUUGCCCAUCAACAAGAUGGUGAAGAGAAACGAAGGUGUUCAUCCUGAGGCUUGGAGAAAGUACAUCAGACCGGCCCUGAAGGGCAUUGAAGAAGACAAGAAGGAGUCGGGGGGAAGUGGCAUUGAGUUUACACCUGAUGAGAGGGAACAUCAGGUGAUGAUGGCUGGGAAGGCUGCUGAAGUAUUGUAA